CAGAAUUCGAAUGAGACAGCCACAGAAGGAAACACGACACCUUCUAAAGGAAUGGAAUCUUCACAACAAGCGUGUCUAUAUGAACUCACUCCUCACCUCUCUUCCAUUCCCUUCCUUUCCGCCAUCUCGCCAUUUUUCAACCUGAUUCGUAGUUUUCUGACCGAGACCAAUCCUGUCAUAAGGCAAUUUCGACAAGAAUACUAAAAAAACACAAUCCUCCCAGAAGUCACAGCGAAAAACGUUGUCUUUAACUUCCAAAAUGAUGGAAGUGAACACUGCAGGUUCACGAGUUAACGAUAUCAUGAUAAUGGAAGUCAAUAACAGGAGUACGAGGUGCACCGAGAAGCGACCCUUGGAGAUUACGACGCCUAGAAAUGAAACAAAGAAGAACCAAGAAAACAACGAAAGUAGCACCCCUGUAUUUAUCAACCAUGCUGCGAUUGCUUGGAACGAGAGUAGGAGACAGUGGAUCGGAGAUCAAUCUCAAAAAUCACGACAAACGCCAAAAGAUCCAAUCAUAAGCUGGUCAACAACUUACGAAGACUUGCUGUCAAUGGGCAACAGAUUCCCUGAGCCAGUCCCUUUACCGGAGAUGGUAGACUUCCUUGUUGAUAUCUGGCAGGAUGAAGGUUUGUUCGACUACUAAUUAAUUAGGAGGUUGAUUCAGAUGGAAAAAUAUCUGAUUAAUCCGGUGAGAUCAUAAGUGUAAUCAAAUAGAGAUUUUAUAGCUAUGUAGACAAAACCGAUCGUAUGGCCCUCGACAAUGGGCAUUCGUAUCGCAAACUCAAAGUUAAUAUCGUAUUUAAUUUUGGGAUGAUAAUAAUAAUAAUAACGAAAUAAACAUU